UGCAGCCUCUGUCUCUACUUCAGUCUCUACUUUAGUCUCUACUCUAGUCUCUAGUCUAGUCUCUGUCUCUGUCUCUGUCUCUGUCUCUGUCUUUGUCUCUGUCUCUCCCAGGAUGGACGACUGUUUUUUACUGAUCGUUGGGUUUCUGCUGCAGUUUGACUCUUUUCACUCAGUUUCCAUCAGAGAAAAUACAGAUUCUCUCCAUCAGGUCUUGUCAGACUUCAGUGUCGUUAGUCCAAUCAGGACAGACUCAGAGGGACACUUCCUGUCUACAUUAGUCUCUGCUCACCAACUACAACGUCACAGAAGACACGCCCCCUCCGCGGAGGACACACCCCUGGAUGCACAGAUUUUACACCAGGCCCCGCCCACAUCAUCCAACAACGGAGGGAGGGGGCGGAGUCAUUGGACUGAAGGGGCGGAGCUCUUCUAUAACGUCACAGUGUUUGGGCGGGACCUCCACCUGAGGCUCCGCCCCAACACUCACCUGGUUGCACCCACCGCCACCAUGGAGUGGGAGGAGUCAGGACACUUCCAGCCAAUAGGAGACACAGACUGCUUCUACACGGGGACAGUGUCCAACAUGGAGGACACGGCGGUCGCCAUCAGCAACUGUGAUGGACUGGCAGGAGUGAUCCGGACCAGAGAGGAGGAGUUUUUCAUUGAACCACUGGAUCGAUGGAGGCCAGCAGGAGGAGGAGGAGGAGGGCAGCAGCACAUCGUUUAUCGCUCCUCGGCCGUCAUCAGGAAUCAGGAAACUGUCAAUCAAACUGAAGACGACUUCCUCCGAGGUCCUCUCCUCGGGUCCCUGAACCUGAACCUGAACCUGAACCUGAACCUGAACCUGAACCAGAACCAGAACCGGAACCAGAACCAGAGCCAGAACCGGAACAAGAACAAGAACCGGAAACAGAGAGUGGAAUCCGGUUCUGCUCGGAGACGGCGCUACAUCGAGGGGGCAGAACUCUUCAACAUUGAGGUCUUGUUAGCGGUGGACUACUCGGUUCUUCUUUUCCACGGUCGAGACCAUAUCCAGAAAUAUCUGCUGACACUGAUGAACAUAGUCAAUGAGAUCUAUCAGGAUCAUUCUCUGGGAGCCAACAUCAACGUGGUCCUGGUCAAAAUCAUCAUGUUGUCUCCAGCUAAGUCCCAGGAGCUGAUCUCUGUGGGGAACCCCCAGAAGAGUCUGGAGAACGUGUGUGGAUGGUCGUACCUGCAGCAGCGGGACCAGAGCCACGCCCAGCACCACGACCACACCAUCUACCUGACCAGGCAGGAGUUCGGGCCGUCCGGCAUGCAGGGCUAUGCUCCAGUCACAGGAAUGUGUCACCUCCAUCGAAGCUGUGUCUUGGUCUUGGAGGACGGAUUUUCUUCGGCCUUUGUAGCUGCACAUGAAACCGGACACGUGUUGGGUAUGGAGCAUGACGGAGAGGCCAAUAACUGCGCUGACGACGUACCGCUGGGCAGCAUCAUGUCGCCGCGGGUUCAGGCCACCUUCCAUCGGUACCACUGGUCCCGGUGCAGCUGGAUGGAGCUCCACAAGUACCUGCACUCCUACGACUGUCUCCGUGACGACCCCUUCAACCACGACUGGCCGGCUCAGCCUCAGCUCCCGGGUUUCCACUACUCCAUGGACCAGCAGUGUCGCUUCGACUUCGGCCCCGGAUACAGUCUGUGCACGGCGUACGCGACCUCUGACCCCUGCAAACAGCUGUGGUGCAGCGACUACCCGAACCCGUUCUACUGUAAGACCAAGAAAGGCCCCCCCCUGGACGGGACCCCGUGUGGCCCCGGGAAGAACUGUUUUAAAGGAUUCUGCAUGACGUUGACCCCUGACCUCCUGAGACAAGAUGGCGGCUGGGGGGCGUGGAGUUCCUACGGAGCGUGCUCCAGGACCUGUGGGGGCGGAGUCAGAUUUCGGACCAGACGCUGUGACAACCCGGAACCGGCCAACGGGGGGCGCACCUGCUUUGGAAACAGCUUCGAGUUCCAGCUCUGCAGCCACGGAGACUGCCCCCCCAUGACGGAUUUCAGGGAGGACCAGUGUAAAGCCUGGAACCAGGUCUUGGAACAUGAAGGAAUGAAACAUCACUGGCUUCCCUACCAGCAUCCAGACCUGGACCAGCGCUGUCAUCUCUACUGUCAGUCCAAGGAGACGUCCUCCGUGGUUUUCAUGGACAGACUGGUGCAUGAUGGGACGUUGUGUUCCUAUGGCGACGCCUACAGCGUCUGUGUCCGAGGAGACUGUGAGCACGUGGGCUGUGAUGGACAGAUCGCUUCAGACCAGCAGGAGGACAGAUGUGGAGUCUGUGGAGGAGACAACUCCAGCUGUAAAGUGGUUAAAGGAAACUUCACCCGGAGCGUGAAGAAACAAGGUUACCUGAAGAUCCUGGAGAUCCCCAAAGGCGCUCGUCACCUCCUCUUCCAGGAGUUCAAGAGGAGUCCUCACGUCCUGGCCCUGAAGAACCAGGAGACUGGUCAGAUCUUCCUCAACGACCAGGACCAGACGUCAGAGUCCAGACUGGUGGUGGAGGGGGGCGUGGCCUGGGAGUACAGCAACGAGGGGGAGGAGUCCAUCCAGACCACAGGACCCCUGAAGUACCGAGUCCAGCUCUUGGUCCGUUCCCAUGGCGACUCCAAGGUGACGGUGUCCUACAGGUACAUCAUCCAGGACGGCUUGAGGUCUGAGCUGGAGUCCAACCUGGUCCAGGAGGAGGCCGUGUUCUAUGAGUGGGCACUGAAGAAGUGGUCUCACUGCUCCAAGCCCUGUGGAGGAGGGAGACAGUACACCAGGUUUGGCUGCAGGAGGAAGGCCGACGGGAAAAUGGUUCCGAGGACGUUCUGCUCCAGCAUCAACAAACCCAGAGCCAUAAGUCGCACCUGCAACACGGAGGCCUGCAGGUCGCCACGAUGGGUGAGUGGAGACUGGGGGGACUGCAGCGCCUCCUGUGGUCAGACCGGGUGGCAGCGGCGGUGGGUGAGCUGCCAGCAGGAGUCCAGCAGGGGGCAGCAGCGCUCCGUUAACACCAAGCUCUGCACCGACCACAAACCAGAUGCUAAGCGAACCUGCAACCGCUUCCCCUGCCCCUCGUUCUGGAGAACCGGGCCCUGGACCCCGUGUUCAGUCUCUUGUGGAAACGGGACCCAGGAACGACAUGUUGUGUGUUCGAGUCCCGAAGGAUCUGCUGGAAACUGCAGCAAGGCUCAACCCGUCACGAUGCGCAUCUGCCAGGCCCCGCCCUGCAACGGCGACCAGAAGAACGCCAUCAUCCUGUGGCUGUCCAGGUCCAACCCAGACUUCCCAGCUCCAAAGAUCUCGUCCAAGCAGCGUUGCCGUGGUGAUCGCUCUGUAUUCUGUCGGAUGGAGGUGUUGAGUCGGUACUGCUCCAUCCCCGGAUACUGGCAGAUGUGUUGCAGGUCCUGCAGUGAGGUAAACUCCUCCAGUUCCUCCAGUGUCGUCAUGACUACCGUCAGCAGCAGUCCGUUGACCUCGGCCCCGGAGACGUCGUCGUUCUCCACCUGGUCCGACAGCAGCGGUGAUGCGAUGGAUGACAUCAUCAGCACGCCACCUCCCCGGUUCACUGUGACUCCGCCCCCGACCACCAGGGCUAGUCCCGACUUUGUGUACGUGGAUUACGACGACUACUUCUCCUAUGAAAGUGACGUCUCCACGGCCACGCCUCCAGAGACUCCUCCCACCAUCCCCCCUGCUGCUGUUCCCAUGGUAACCGCUGAUAGUGGCACCCAGAGCUGGACGCCAGCUGAUGUCUUCACCACCACGACGCCAGGGGGGUGGAGCCUCCAGAGUCCAGCCAAUCAGACGGAAGUGGGACCAGCGGUGUCUCCUUUGACGCUAGUCCCGCUGUCGAAGAAGGAGAACAAUUCUGUGGACGAGGUCUCGUACCGGGUGGUGGGUCUGGACGCCGACGCCACCAGAGGCCACCAGAACUACUUUGUGCCGCGGAUGCCUCCGUUCCGCGAGCGAACACAAAACAAACGGAUCCAGCAGCUUCUGAAUGAGAAGCGACGGCAGGAUCUCCUGAGGAGGCCGAGGCGGACUGACAAAGACUGAGACCCAGGGACUCAGAACCAGAACCACUAGAACCAGACUGAUGAAACGCCCUAAACAUCUAAACCAGGGGGUCGGUCUCAUUCAGACCAGUUUGAUGUCAGGGGGUCGGACCAGUAACACAACAGAAUAACAACCUAUAAGUAACAACACCUCCAGAUGUUUCCUUUGUGUCAGGAAUUGUCUCCAUUUAAUAAACUGAACGAUUAGAAAUGAUCCAAUGAACAACUGGACGUUUCUAAAGAGAAAGAAGUUUAGUUUCUGUUUAGUUCCAGGUCUCAGUGUCGUGUUCUGUCCACAACUCUAAAACUAACCUAAACUGUGUGAACCUGAGGUAUAACACUUAAUGUCUUCCAUGUAAUUUUUGCACUCAUCCCGGGACCAGAUUAGACCCUCGGGGGGGCCUCCUCUGGCCCGCAGGCCGUAUGUUUGACACCUGUGAUCUGAAGCCAUGAACUCUUUCAUGAUGUCUGCACCAAAUAAUCUCUGAAUAAAGCAAAGUCUCAUCCA